AUGGGACUGCGGAGACGGCUUGGGAUCGGGGAGCUCAAAGUCAAUGGCGCAACGGUCAGCGACAGGCAUGGCAUCCUUGAAGCAGCAGCAAAGUUUUUCGAAGGGUUAUUCGGAGCGGAUAGGAGGACUCACCGGUCGAGUUGGUCACCUGACCGUCGGUUGUCAGCGGAGGAAGCGGAAGGGUUGACUCAGGAUUGGUCAGAGUCGGAGGUGAAAGAUGCGCUUAAAAAGCUGGCCUGUGGGAGGUCGCCAGGGCUUGACGGUAUCCCAAAGGAGCUUUUCGAACAACACUGGGAUGUACUGGGGGAGGGCUUCAUGGGACUGGCGCGUUCCUUCUCCGCCUCUGCCUCGCUACCUGCCAGCACCAAAGAGGCGGUUACGAUUUUAUUGCACAAAAAGGGGGACAAGGACAGCUUAAACAACUAUCGGCCCAUCACGCUUCUCAAUUUCACGUAUAAGGUCCUGGCGAGAGUGGUGGCGGACAGGAUGAAGAAGGUGCUGCACCGAGUAAUCUCCAAGGAGCAGUACGGUUUCAUCCCGGGCAGAAGGCUGUCGGAUGCGGUCAGCUUAGUCGCGGACAUCAUUGACGCGGCGAACAAAGGAGACAAGGACUGGUUCUUGCCGCUAGUGGACUUCCAAAAAGCUUUCGAUUCUGUCUCGCGCGGUUUCCUCUUCGAAACCUUGGAGAAGAUGGGGUUCCCUCCGCGCUUUGUGGGAUGGGUGAAGGGCCUGCACAAGGAAACAAGAACAAGGUUGUUAAUCAACGGCUGGAAAUCGGAUGCGUUGGAGGUGGUCUCUGGGGUGCGGCAGGGCUAUCCCCUUGCCCCGUACCUUUUUAUUUGCGCGGUGGAGCCCUUGGCGCAAGAAGCGGCGAAGAGACAGCUCGGCAUCAUCAGUGACUCGGGGUGGAGAUUGCCGUACCUGGGCUACGCAGAUGACACCACGCUCCUGCUGCAAGGAAGGGAGCAGAUCGCUAAAGCAGGGAAGCUGCAACGAUAUUUUGAGAACAUCUCGGGUCUGGCCACGAACAAAGAGAAAUCGGUUGUCAUGCCGCUGGGGAGGAACCUGGGUAGUCGCCCUUGGAGGCCGGAUGGCUUUAAGUGGGCUGGCGCGGAUGAUGCGGAAAGAUUGCUUGGAGUAUGGAUUACAGCUUCGGGCAACUGCAAACCGACGUGGGACAAAACGCUGACACGGCUACUGGGGGAGUUAGCGAAGUGGGAGCUGAAAUUUCUCACGAUCAUGGCAAGGGCUGUUGUCAUUAAUGGUUACAUCACGCCGAUUGUGGUCUUUCAGGCCCAGGUUUACCCGCCCCCGGAGGAUGUCUGGCGCAGGAUAACGAAGCUGAUCCAUAACUUCCUCUCGGGGAAUAAGGCGUCGGCGGAGGGUUGUUUCAUCCUGUGGGGGAGGGACACGAUCUUCGCAGAAAGAAGGGAGGGAGGAAUUGGUGUGAGGGACCCCGGCAUUCUGCUCGCCUGCCUGGCUGCCAGACGGACUGGUCUCCUGCUCACGGAGACAAUGGAUUUUAAACGAGACAUGAUGCUAGCGGCGGCGGGGUUGCCGCUGGGUCUGGACACUUUUCUGUCUCACGAGAAGCUGUUAAAACACUGGGUUGGAGGGAGCGACCGUUGGAAGCAAACGUGUGAGUGUUUCAUGUCGUCGCCGUUGGCACCAGCCAGCACUCCUCUAACUGCUGGUGAGGUAGCGGCGGAGCGGCUCGUUUUCAACAAAGGGAUCCUUCUCAACGGGAGAACGCCGGUAGGAGGGCAGCAAGCUGCUAAAGGGCUGUGGGAGACGCGGCUGGGAGACUUGGUGGAGCCAGCGGCGGACGGGGAGAUGGUGGUCAAAAGCGAGGAAACCCUAGCAAGAGAGUUGGGAGGGGCGGGGCCUGCUCGGCUGGCUCUGAAAGGCCUGGCGGCAGCGCCUGAGAACUGGAGAGAUACCCUGCUGGCUGCAGCGGAUGGGAACCAGGGAGCAGAUGUGCGGAACAAUGUUGCGGAGGUUCCAAGGGCAAAACUGUUCCGCUCCCCUAUUUUUCACCUCGGCCAGGUCGCCCCGCUUAAGCAACUGCAGUUAGCCUGGAGGAAGCGGGGAUACUCGGCGCGAAGAAGGGAGAAAUGGGCCGACCGGUGGGGGGGGACAAUUGACUGGAGGCUGGUGUAA